AUGUAGAUAUUGCAACCAGUUGUCAUUUGUACCUUUUAACCUAUUUGGGAUGCAAAUUAAUUCGAUAAGAAUUAACCUUUAUGUAUUGCGUCAUGGAUGUAACUGGUUUGCACGUGGCGAUGCCUCCAUACACCCGUAUUUACUCCCCAAUAUAUCUCUCAUACACUCAAUCGAUAACCGUGUAUCAAUAUGAAUUUCAUUAGUAAUUUGAAUUCAUUCUUAAUUAAUUUGAUUAUUCAAUUAUUUAGUAUUCCUAUCACAUCUUAAAGAUCAUAGACCUUCGUGACUUACUUUUUACGUAUAUACUAAGAAAAAAAGAGAACAUAGUACGGCUUCUGUCAAAUCUUUUUUUUUUGUAAAGCACGAGGUAGUGACACAUCGGAGUUCGUUUCAAGUUAAAGUACAAGUACCAACUCCCAACUGAUUAAUACCUAUAAGUAGUGAUAUUGUUAUAAAUUACAUGAGUAGUGAUACCAUUAAUGAAGCUACAGACCCUUUGGGUUUGUUAAGUGAAGGUAAUGGUGAAAUUAAAAAGGGUAGUUUUAGUUCUACUACAUCUAGUGCUACUAUUCAUAGUGAUGAAGAUUAUAAAAGGAUUAAUGGACAAGAUGAUAGUAUGGAAACUGAUGCGGAAUAUUUAUCAUCAUCUGCCUCAUCUAUUAAUGGAUCUAGUAUAGGAUUACAACGUAGUGAUUCAACUAAUUCAGUAGCCUAUAUUGAUCUCGGAAAAUUAUUAUUUGUUAAUGAUUUUGAUUUCGGAUUAAAUUUAGACUCUAUGAGUGAUAAAACUAGACAAAGAUUUAAUAAUAUGAAAGAGAAAACUAAGGAAAAAUUUAGUAUGAAUCAACGUUCAGUCGAAUUCAUUAAAUUACAAGAAACUUUCCAAAACAGUUUAACUAAAUUUGAUCAAAGAGUUCAUAAGAAUUUAAGAUCUUCAACCACUGAGAAAUUCUUUUAUGCAGCAGCAUUAUUCAUUAUACUAUUUGCUGGUUUUAUAAUAGGGAAAUACCCUAUUUAUUUCCCUCUUUUCCAUACUGUUAUAUUUUCAAUAUUAAUUCCAAUUAGAUUCUAUUCAUUCUUCAAAAUAUCUUAUGAAUAUUAUCUUGCAGAUUUAUGUUAUUAUGUCAAUGUACUUUUAAUGAUGUUUAUUUGGUUAUUCCCUUAUUCUCCAACUUUAUUCAUCUCAGUAUUCUCAUUAUCAUUAGGAACACUAUCUUUUGCUGUGAUUACUUGGAGAAACUCACUUGUCUUACAUUCUAUAGAUAAAACUACAUCAUCAUUUAUUCAUGUUAUGCCUCCAGUUACUAUGUUUGUAUUAACUCAUGAGAUGCCAAUUGAACAUAUUAAAGUCAGAUAUCCAGCCAUUGCUUCCAUUGAUAAUUGGGAUUUCUUUAGUGGAAUUUUCUGGACUUCAGUAUAUUAUACUAUUUGGCAAGUGUCUUAUCAUUUCUUUAUUACUAUAAGAAAAAGAGAUAAAAUUGCUCAAGGUAAAGUUACAUCCUUUACUUAUUUAAAGAAUAAAAAUAAAAAUACUGCGUUAGGAAGAUUUGUUAAUUCUUUACCUUAUACUUGGGCACAAGUUGUUGCAUUUUCUUUAAUUCAAUUCUUCUAUCAAAUAUUGGCAAUGAUGUUAUGUCCUAUUUGGUUUAGAUAUAAACAUGCUUGUGGAGCAUUUGUAACUUUCAUCUUUGUAUGGGCAUCUUAUAAUGGUGCUACAUAUUAUAUUGAUGUAUUUGGAAAGAGAUUUGAGAAGGAAGUUAGUAAGUUAAAGGAUGAAAUUAAGAAUUUACAACAAGAGAAUGAAAAAUUACAAUAUUCUCCAAUUAAUAGACCUCAACCAAGCCCAGAAGAUAUAAAUUUAAAACCAUUUAGUCUACCAGAGGCUGUGAUUGAAGAAUCAGAAGAAGUUCAUAAAACUCUCUGAGAGAUUAUUAUCUUACUAUUCUAUUAACGUCAUUAUACGCUCGUUCACUUCUGCUUUACAUAUUUACUUUUUGAUUUGGUAUACUUCUCCUGGACUAACUUUAGCUUGUUAAUGUUAUU